CACACACACACACACACACAGAUCCUGCCUUUGCGGAAGCCAGAGCAGCCGAGGCGGCGCUAAAUUAAAUUAGCAUACUAACUAGUUAGCUGUGCGCCGAUGUGGAUGGACGGGUGACCGGAGCUUCCUGAACAAACACACACACACACAUACAUCUUUUUAAAGUCGAGACACCACCGAUUCCGGGACUCAUUUUGUUGGGAUCUUGCUGCCGUCCGCCUGCCGAGGAGAUGGGGGACAAGGCGGGCACCAGAGUUUUCAAGAAGUCGAGCCCCAACUGUAAGGUGACAGUUUAUCUGGGAAAGAGGGACUUUGUGGAUCACCUGGACCACGUGGAUCCAGUAGAUGGCGUGAUCCUUGUCGACCCAGAGUAUCUGAAGGACAGGAAAGUCUUCGUCACACUGACCUGUGCGUUUCGAUACGGCCGUGAGGACCUGGAUGUUCUGGGUCUGUCUUUCAGGAAGGAUCUCUACAUCUCCACCUUCCAGGCCUUCCCUCCGGUGCCUGAGGAGAGGAAACCUAACAGUCGGCUGCAGGAGAGGCUGCUUAAGAAACUGGGCCAACAUGCACACCCGUUCUACUUCACUAUUCCUCAGAACCUCCCAUGUUCAGUCACUUUACAGCCCGGCCCAGAGGACACUGGAAAGGCCUGCGGUGUCGACUUUGAGAUCAGAGCUUUCUGUGCCAAGUCAAUAGAAGAGAAGAUCCACAAGAGGAACUCGGUGCGUCUGGUGAUCAGGAAGGUCCAGUAUGCUCCCGAGAAACCUGGUCCUCAGCCAAUGGUGGAGACGACCCGUAGCUUCCUGAUGUCGGACAGAUCCCUCCACCUGGAGGCCUCACUGGACAAAGAGUUGUAUUACCACGGAGAGCCCAUCAGCGUCAAUGUUCACGUCACCAACAACUCCACCAAGACGGUCAAGAGAGUCAAGAUCUCCGUGCGUCAGUAUGCAGACAUCUGCCUGUUCAGUACUGCUCAGUAUAAAUGUCCAGUGGCCCAGCUGGAGGCAGAUGAUCAGGUGUCGUCCAGCUCCACCUUCUGUAAGGUGUACACUCUGACCCCGACGCUCGACAAGAACAGAGAGAAGAGAGGACUCGCUCUGGACGGCAAACUUAAACAUGAAGACACCAACCUGGCCUCCUCCACCAUUGUGAAGGAUGUCACCAACAAGGAGGUUCUGGGGAUCCUGGUGUCCUACAGAGUCAAAGUCAAGCUGGUGGUCUCACGUGGAGGGCUGCUGAGAGGCAUGUUGGAGAGAGACGUGUCGGUGGAGUUGCCCUUCAUCUUAAUGCAUCCUAAACCUGUGGAGCCGCCAGUGUCCCGCCCACAGUCAGCUGUGCCAGAGAUGGACCCCCCCAUCGACACCAAUUUGAUAGAAUUCGACACAAACAGCAUCUCCCAGGACGACGACUUCGUGUUCGAGGACUUCGCCCGCCUGCGGCUUAAAGGCGUUGUGGACGACAAGGACGAGGACUGCUAGGAGCUCGCCAACCCCUUCAUAUGCUCGCUUCGAAACCACCACACACACACACACACACACACACACUCACACACACUCUUCACAUUACAUUCCCCGGUGGAGGGGAUGGAUGAGGGCAUGUUUGGAUGGAGGCCUCGCAGGGGGCAUCGGUGGUGUUCUUCCUCUCUUGCUUCAGCCAUUCGUCACGCUGCCGCCAUUUUUCGCCGCUGUCUUUCCCAUCUGUCUUCUCCGUUUCUUUUCCUCUCUUUUUUUUUUUUUUUUUUUUGAAGGUUGAAAAACUCUAAAUGUCGAGCAGCUGCAGGACAGAUCGUGACGGUGUGGGCGCGGUUAAAGAUGUAGGAAGCAGCAGCGUUCAUCCUCUUUUACUUUGAAAUCUUUGUUGAAUGUUGACCGUUUCCUCGGCGACGAUCACCGUCUUGUACAAACAGAAUAUAUAUUUGAAAAAAUAGAAAAAAAGCUGUCAAGUGUUGAGUGGUGAUCGCCGUCUUUCUUCAACUACUGUCGACGCUUUUUACAUCAUGGCUGCAAGGGGAGGACACACACACAGACACACACACACAGGCGACUGAAGUUCGAUUUCACCAGCAUCCUCUCUUUCCCGCUCUCUCUCGUCCAUUUUGUAAAACGUUCGGUUUGUUUUUAAGAACCAUUCCAGCGUCAGCGGAGUCGUUUUCUUUAAAACACCUUGUGAAGUUUUUGUUUCUGUCGUUAAACAUUAAUUCGGUUUAAGAGGGUCCAUCAAUCUAAAGACUGCAUAUAUAUAUCGUAUGUGAAAUAAGUCUGGUGUUAUUUUAUCUUUUUGUUUC